GUGGCUCGUUGUAUUCCAACUUUUCUCAAAAAGUCUAAGAAGAUAAGGAAAAGGUGCAGUAUUGUAGUGGUUGACUGGUUGGAUCUCCGAUAAGAGGCCGGUAAGUAAACGAAGGAGAAUUACAUAUGUCAAAAACUUAAAAUCUACACAUAGUGAUCAGUGAUCAUAUACAUCUAUCUGGUUUUGAUGUCAUUGAAGUAAGUAAGAAAAAGUGAGAUAUGGCAGAGGCUGCAGUGAGCUUCGCUCUAGACACCUUGGGUUCCUUGCUUAAACAAGAGAUCAAGUUGCUCGGAAGUGCAAAACAAGAAGUUAAAGACAUGGAAGGGGAAUUGGAGAGCAUUAGAGCUUUCCUCAAAGACGUAGACGCAAGAGCAGCAGCUGAAGAAGAAGAAGGAGAAAGCAACGAAGGUGACUUAAUUUGGGUAAAACAAGUGAGAGAAGAAGCUUUUCGCAUUGAAGAUGCCAUUGAUGAGUUCUCUUUAGCUGUGGCAAAAUUUCAGCAUGGCAGUGGCCUUCUUGCUGUCAUUGGUAAAAUCAAUCGUUUCCUCAAGAAACUGAAGCUGCGGCGUGAAAUCAUCAAGGAGAUCCAGAAUAUCAAAUCAUCACUUGCUCAAAUAAAACGAAGAGCAGAAAGCUAUCAGCAGUUGAGGUUCAUAGGUCAAGGAUCAAACAGUGGAACCACUUAUGGUCAACAUGACUCCCGAGUUGGUUCCCGAUUCAUCAAAGACCAUCAUGUUGUGGGCUUUGUUUCUACAAGAAAAAAACUGACUGAUCUCUUGGUGAAAGGAACACCGAAACGCUCGGUGAUUGCGGUGGUGGGCGAAGGAGGACUUGGCAAGACCACUCUAGCUGGAAGAAUUUAUGACGACCCCACCGUGGAAAAGUACUUCGAAUAUUACCAGAUCUGGAUCACCGUUGGGAAAGAAUCCAGCAAGAUAAAUCUGCUGAGGUCAAUUGUACAGAAAUUUCGUUGUCCAACAGAAAGAGAGAUAAAAGAAAUGCAAGAAGAUGAGCUGAUCAGCACGUUGGAAAAACACUUGGAGGACAAGCGUUACAUGGUUGUGUUUGAUGACGUGUGGCCAAUUCCAUUUUGGCAGAAUGUAGAGCAAGCUCUACCUGAUCACAAUACAGGGAGCCGGAUAAUGAUCACGACGCGGAAGAUGAUGAUUGCUAAGGUAAUACCAUUCUCAAUAAUCCACGAGCUUGAAGCUCUAUCUUUGCAAGAGGCAAUGGAACUUUUCUGUAAAAAGACAUUUGGCGUUGAUGCGUGUUGUCCUCCAAGGUUGGAGAAACUUUCUAUAAGCAUAGUUGAAAAAUGUGGAAGACUACCACUAGCAAUUGUUGCUGUAGGUGGUCUUCUGUCAACCAAAGACAAGUCUGAGUAUGAAUGGAGAAAGUUUUUAGAUAGCCUGAGCUCAAAAUUAGGAAACGAUCCCUAUCUAAAAAUCAGUUGUACUAAAAUUUUAUCCAGUAGUUAUUAUGAUCUUCCUCUCCACAUCAAAUUAUGUCUUUUGUACUUCGGCUUGUUUCCAUAUAACUACUCAAUUUCAUGUGGAAGACUAAUGCGCCUGUGGAUAGCCGAGGGUUUUGUCGAAUACGACGAAAACCAAACACUUGAGGAAGUUGCAGAAAAUUAUUUGAUUGAGCUCAUUGACAGAAGCUUGGUUCAGGUUGUGAAAAGAGAUAUUUCUGGAAGAAUCAGAAGCUGCAAAGUCCAUGGUCUAAUGUAUGAGAUCAUACUCCAAAAGACGAAAGGAUUGGAUUUUUGUCGAGUCCUGAAAGAAGAGCAUUCAAGUCUCCACAGUAGUACAACGCGGCGCAUUUCAAUACACAAAAGAACUGAUCAUGUUACAGAGAGUAUAAAGGGCUCAAAGAUCCGUGCUGUUUUAUUCUGCCUGAUAGUUUCAUGACUACAUUUGUUGGGGAUUUCAAGCUUUUAAAGGUGCUCGAUUUUCAAAAUUCUUCUCUAAGUUAUCUUCCUGAAGCAGUGGGAAAAGUACUGUUCCAUUUAUAUUAUUUAAAUCUGAGAAAUACAGGAGUAAAAAAACUUCCCAAGUCCAUAGGUAAGCUUGUCAACUUAGAGACUUUGGAUUUGACGCUGUCUCGCGUGAAAAAACUUCCAGCUGAGAUAAAAAACCUGAAAAAAUUGCGGUAUCUAAGGGUAUACAACUUGCACAUUAUCGGUGAUGUUAUCGGAACUGGAAGAGGAAUUACAAUACAGAAGGGUUUUGGGACUUUAACGGAUCUGCAGAAGCUAUAUUCUGUGCGAGCAGACACUGAAGUACUAAAAGAGCUAAUGAUGCUAAGGAAAUUGGGAAAAUUGGGCAUUACUUUAACAAAUGGAAGUGGGAAGUAUCUAUGUGAUUUCAUCGCAAAAAUGGAACAUCUUGAAUCUCUGAUUGUAGAUUCAACAAGUAGAAAAGAGAUUAUUGACAUAGAAUGCGUGUCUUCUCCUCCUCGAUAUCUUAAACGCCUCUGCUUAACGGGGACUAUGAAGAAAAUGCCAAUCUGGAUUCGUGAGCUUGAAGAUCUAAACAGAAUAGAUUUAGAUUUAUCGGUCGUGAGCUUGAAGAUCUAAACAGAAUAGAUUUAGAUUUAUCGGGAUUACGUGAAGAUCCCAUCAGCAUCCUUCACUCCCUGCCUAAUUUAUUUGAGCUUAGGCUCAAAGAUACAUACCAUGAUAAGCACCUGCAUUUCAAAGAUGGUUGGUUCCCGAAACUCCAACAGUUGAGUCUCCUCAUCUUUAGCGGACUGGAAAUGGUGACAAUAGACAAAGGUGCAAUACCUGAUCUCAGACAUUUGGAGAUUGGCCCAUCCCCAUUGUUGAAGGAUAAUAUAACCGGAAUUGAGCAUCUGGGAAAACUGGAGGGUUUUAAAUCUAUCUACAAGUUGAGCUCAACUGUGAUGGGAAAGUAUUUAACGAAGAUAGUCCUCAAGGUGGCGCUUGGUUGUAACAAAUACAGAUCCAAAGCCCUGAAGAUUGCCGCAGCAGUUAAUGGUGUAACAUUGGUGGCACUUGAAGGGGAAGAAAAAGACAGAUUGGUGGCAAUUGGAGAUCAAUUCGAUCCUAUUGACCUCAUCUUUGCCAUACGUAAGAAGAUUGGCUAUGCCGAAUUAAUAACUGUGGAAAAGGAUCACACAAUCAGGAACGGGUAAAUGAGGUAGUAUGGGUCUAAAUGUCAGUUUUGAGCGUAAGUAACAUAACUUGAGCUCUACAACUCAGAAUGAUCUAAAUUUGGAAACUACGGAAAGCUAAGAAGAUUUGAGGGUUCGGAAAUUCACUCUUGGAAGCGGCUACUUGGGAAAGCAAGUCAAGCAACGUAGAGAGAUAAGAAUUUCAUUUCUUCUUUGUUUUUCAGAAUGUUUUCAGAUUUUAUUAUGUUUGUCAACUUUUAUAGCAUGAACUAAAUUAUUUUGCUAGGACUAAGAUGUAGCCUAUGUUAUGAAGAUACGAUUUAUGUUGUUUGAAUAAUUUCAUGUACUAUUUUCAUGAUUGAGUGUUUACUACUAUGUUUAAUGUCUUUGAAUGAUUGAUCCCCAUUCAAUUAAAGUGUUGUUGAUGAUGAGACUGAAAAGUGAUUUGUGAUGUUAGCCUCGUGUAAUAAACAUUUUAGAUUGAGCGAAAACUAGAGAUAAAUAAAUGCGAUAUGUGUGACCUUAGAUAAAAUUCCAUAGAGUUUAGUUAAUCUAGAACUAUUAAACUUCCAUUUUGAUUCGGAAGGGUAAUACGAAAGGGUGCGGUGGGAGCAUCAAACAAGUUAGGGAAUUCGGUUAUCAGUCAGAAAGAGAUGAUUGGAUUAAUAGAAUUCAUAAGUUGUAUCGAAAUAAUUAGGUGAAAUCGGAUGCUCUAGUGUUUUUCUCUUAUAGAAUUAAUCAUAUUUUUAGAUUUGGGUUGUUAUUAAUUUUUUGUUUUAUUGUUCAUUAGUUUUUUAAUUUUAGUUUCAGUAUUCAAUCACUCAACUUUCGAUUCUACAAUAAGUGUUUAAACUAGAUAACUCGGUAUUUAAUAGGUUACUUUCCUCGUGGAAAUGAUUCUUUACUCUUCAUUAAAUACUUCCUUCAUCAUGCCCCGCUCCUGUGCAAGUCUGUGAGAAGUGAUUUUACAGAAAUUACAUAAGUUUACAAGCUCAAGUGAUAGAAUCAUGUAUAGAAAGUUGUACGUAUUUAGAAUGAAUAAUAACAAUAGGGCACCACGGCAUCUUUCUUUAUGGAGGACAAAGGCAUUAA